AUGGAGAGAGGCUUGAACGAGAGAGUCUCAAAGAGUAAGGUUGGCGAGUACUUCAAGUUGGAGGAUAGGAAGAGUUGUUUCACCCAGGAGCUCCGAGCGGCUACUGCAACUUUCCUCACUAUGGCUUACAUCAUCACUGUCAACGCCAACAUCCUCGCCGACUCCGGCGCCACAUGUUCCAUCUCCGACUGCAGCCCGCCGGCGGUGAACCAGACCGCAGGUCCAGACUGCACGCUCAAGCCAAUGAGGGGUACGAAAAGUGCCUUCUAA